AUGAAGGGGAUUCGGGGAAUAAGUCAACUAUCGAGGAGGUUGUACGCAGCCCAGGCUGCCCAUAAGGUGGAAGUCACUGAGUUUCAGCCUCAGGACGCGCAGAGACGGUUCUAUGCAGCUGCCAGAAAAGGCCAGUCUCUUGACCAGCCGCUGGCUGGCCUCAAGCUCUCUCCUGGGGCACACUCCUACCAAGAUGUCCACGUAACCAAGCUGCCCAGUGGAUUGGUGAUCGCCUCGCUGGAGAAUUAUUCACCAGCCUCCAAAAUUGGCGUCUUCGUCAAGGCCGGUUGUCGCAAUGAGACUCCUGAGAACCAGGGGGUCUCUCACCUCCUCAGGCUGGCCUCCAAUUUGACAACCAAAGGAGCGUCCUCGUUCAAGAUCUGUCGUGGUGUUGAGUCAGUUGGUGGUAGUCUGAGCGUCACGUCAUCCAGAGAGAACAUGAUGUACACCGUCGACUGCUUGAGAGAUGAUAUCGACACAGUCAUGGAAUUCUUGAUCAACGUGACGACAGCUCCAGAGUUCCGUCCGUGGGAGGUGUCAGACCUGGCGCCAAGAGUGAAGCUGGACAAGGCACAUGCCAAUCAGAGUCAACAGAUAGGUGUGAUUGAGGGUCUACAUGAAGCAGCCUACAAGAACGCCCUGUGUAACUCCCUGUACUGCCCAGACCACAUGGUGGACCAGAUCCAGUCGGAACAUCUCCACCAGUUUGUCCAAAACCACUUCACGAGUGCUAGGAUGGCUCUCGUUGGAAUAGGGGUUAACCACGCAGUGCUGAAGCAGGUGGGGGAGCAGUUCCUCAACAUCCGCAGUGGAGCUGGCACAACGGGGGCCCAGGCCCAGUACCGUGGAGGUGAGGCGACGCGGCAGAUGGAGAUCAGAAACCAGAAACCUCCAGCGAGUGAGAUCCGUCUGCUGAACACCAACACCCUGGUGCACUCGGCUGUGGUGAGCCAGUCGGCCCCGGCCGACAGCAGCGAGGCACUGGCCUUCAGUGUGCUGCAGCACCUGCUGGGAGCCGGUCCCCACGUCAAGAGGGGGUCAGGUGUCUCCAGCAAGCUUAUUCAGGGCGUCGCCAAGGCCACCGCUGACCCUUUUGAUGUGAGUGCUUUCAAUGUGAGCUACUCUGACUCCGGUCUAUUUGGGGUCUACACCAUUUGCCAAACUGCAGCAGCUGGCGAUGUAAUCAGGGCAGCCCUGGCCGAGGUGAAGGCUGUCGCUGAUGGCGGGGUCACAGCUGCUGACCUCACCCGAGCCAAGGCCCAGGUUAAGAGUCAGUUCCUGAUGUCCUUGGAAACUUCAGAGGGUUUGUUGGAGGCCAUGGGCACCCAGGCUCUGGCCAGUGGGUCUUACCACUCUCCUGAGGCAAUCUGCAAAAACAUUGACAAUGUCUCUUUGACCGAUGUUGCUAAUGCUGCAAAGAAAUUUGUGACCGGCAAGAAGACCAUGGCAUCCAGCGGCAACCUGGUGAAUACCCCCUUUGUGGAUGAGAUCUAA